AUGGCCGGACGCUUCUGGGAAUUCCAACACCUCACAGACAACCUGCAAGGCCAGAGCCCCUUCGACCACAUCCCCCGAGCAGGAAAGCUCUACAUCGGCGGCAUCGCAGCUCUCUACAAGGAGGAGCAACCUGACCCGCUGCAACAGGCCGGCAUCACACACGUGCUCUCCAUUCUCGACUUCGACCUCCAGGAAGAUUUAUUAAAAACUCUUCUUCUUCGCAAGUAUCAACACUUGCAGAUUCGAGUCGAAGAUACCGCGGAGGAGGAUUUAUUGAGACAUUUCCCGGAGAUUUGCAGAUUUAUUGACGACGGGGUACGGGAGGAGGAUGAUGGUGGGGGUGGGGGUGGGGUGUUUGUGCAUUGUGCAAUGGGCGUCAGUCGGAGUGCGACGGCGGUGAUUGCGUUUCUGAUGUGGAAGAAGGGGAUGGGGUUGAAGCAGGCUUGGGACAAGGUGAAGGAAGGGAGGCGGCGAGUGAGGCCUAAUGCGGGGUUUGUGAAGCAGUUGCAGGUUUGGCAGAGGAUGGUGAAGGAGAAGGGGGGGUGGGAUGGGGAGAUUUAUGAGAAGUGGAAGAGAGGUGGAUGGGAGGGGGGGAAGUUGUGA